AGCAUUUUGGUUUGCUCUGCUAUUUAUCUUUCAUAGCGUUACCCAAUGGUUUUGUUGAGUUUUCUUUUGAGUAAAGAGAGUAUGGAGAGUUGUUGUAUUAGGGUUUUGUUGGUUCUAAUUGCAACUUGGGCAACAAUUCAUAUAGUUCAUGCUCAAGACCAAGAAGGGUUCAUCAGUUUGGAUCGCGGGUUACCGACGUAUGAACUGUCUCCUUAUAAAGAAAUUACUAAUGGACUCUGGUUCUCUUCGGACGAAAAGUUCAUUCAGAGCGGAAACACUGGUCGAAGCCGAGAAAUUCCUGAGAGAUACACAAAGCAAUACGAGACGCUGAGAUAUUUUCCAAACGGAACACGAAACUGUUACAAUCUGAGUGUGGAUAAGGGACGUAAAUAUUUGAUUAAAGCUAAAUUUUUGUAUGGAAAUUACGAUGGUCUUCACAUUGAACCGGUCUUCGAUCUUUAUCUUGGACCUAAUCUAUGGGCCACGGUAGAUUUGGUGACAAUGGUGAAUGGUACACGAGAAGAAAUCUUACACGUCUCAACAUCAAGCUCAUUGCAGAUUUGCCUUGUUAAGACUGGCACAACUACACCGGUAAUAUCCACUUUGGAAUUACGGCCGGUGGUAAGUGGUUCUUAUAUCACGGAAUCUGGCUCCUUGAAACUUUACGACCGGUAUUAUCUUAACAAGACAGGAUCUCGUAUACGGUAAGUCCCACUUCAUCUUUCUGCUCUGUCACGUUUUGUAUAUCUCUGCCUCUCUUAUGCUUAUUGAUCUUCUACACCUUUGUGUUCUGUUUCCCACAGAGGGCAUUGUUUUGUCUAGGAACCUAUACAUUGCAAUUUUUAGACAAAACUACAUAAUCA